AUCAUAUCUACAAUUUCUCUCAGUGCUUUUGAAGCAUCACUCUCUGUCUCCUUCCUGCUUGGCCCUGGUAUGGCCAUAGACACUCUCCGAAUGGACGGAAAUCAGUAUGCAUCUCAUAGUGGAACUGCCCUUGGUUAUGGGGCGUACCACGGCUAUGACACUUAUGCGCGUCAGAGUAUGCAGAUGCAGCCUCAGCGAGGCCCUCCCCUUCAACCUCGACAAGGCCAUGGCUAUUCGGGUUGCUAUGGGCGUUCUCUCAAUGUGUUCAAGUCGCAGGGCUUCAGCCACGGCGGGGCCUCGAAGCGGAAGUAUGAUACCUUUAACCAGGCACCGCAAGGGGCAUCGCUUCUACAUCAAUUGCGAGCAGACAACUUGAAGAAAACCAGGCGGCACUUUCAAGGUUCCUUUGAGGCUUUGGAAUCCACGCCGCGGAUUGCACCCAAGGCACCGGAUAACAGGCACGGCUUCCUUCUUUCAGCUGGUUCGGGGGCCUUGCCUUCAGGUCCAAAGGGUGCUCUGCAUGCCAUUACACCAAGUGCUGUGCCGGGUGGCGAGGAGCAGCUAUGGAAAAACAGCUAUGGCAAUGCCGACAAGGAGGCCGUUCAACUUGCUGCAGCAGCCGGCCUUGACUUCCUUGGCUCUUUCUAUGAUGAAGGAGCUACACUGACGUUUGAUGAAGGUCUCGAGGCUGGGGAGCGGGACGACGAGGUCGAGGAUAGAGGGGACACAGGGGUUGACGCAUCUGUAGCAGAGCAACCGCCGAACACAUUUGACGAGGAAGCCUCAUUCCCGCCGCAAGCCAAGCGGAAGCUUGCCUCGCAGGCUGCGUACAUCGCUCAACUUGAGGAGCAACAGCUAACGUUACGUGAGCGCAUUUUCCUCCUCGAGCAACAAUUAGCUGAGGCGCGGCGACAACGCGGGGCAUCACCUUGCGGGCACAGUGAUGACGCGGAUGAGGCCAGCGACGAGGACCGAGCGACUUCGUCUUCCGAAUAG